CGGACUCCCCUCCCCUUGGAUUUGCCUCUCUUGCCAACCUUUCUCCUCUCUUUUAACGGAUAGACUGACGACAGAGACCUUGUAAUGCCCUCAAUAUCUGCGGACGGCCCGCCUCACCUCGUUCAUACAACUGCCAACUCGUUCGUGGACAGCGCUGGGCGCACCCUCUGGUUACGCGGCGUCAAUCUUUCUGGCUCAUCCAAGGCUCCCGUAGGACAGCCAUCGUACAUUCUCGAAGGGUACUGGGAAGAUGCAGAGGCGGGCGGGAAGGACUUCAUUGGCCAACCAUUUUGUUUGGAGGAUGGCAGUGCGGAUGUGCACCUCGCUAGGCUGCGGGGGUGGGGAUUCAACUGUAUACGAUACCCGGUCACCUGGGAGGCAUUGGAGCAUGAAGGACCUGGCAAAUAUGACCAUGACUUUAUCCAUUACACCGUCCGCGUUCUCCGCAAAUGUGCAGAGUACGGUUUCUAUGUCUACAUGGACCCCCACCAGGACGUCUGGUCACGCUUUUCGGGCGGGUCAGGCGCUCCCUUCUGGACACUUCACGCCUGCGGCAUGGACCCACGCAACUUCACUGCCACACAGGCCGCCAUCCUGCAUUCGGAGUUCUCGCCCGACCCUCAAUCAGGUGGUGGCGGUGAGCACGACCCGCAAAAGCUCCCCGCGAUGAUUUGGUCCACCAACUACGGCCGGCUCGUCUCGCAGACCCUGUUCGCGCUGUUCUUCGCAGGCAAAGUCUUUGCGCCUAAAUGCGUCAUCGACGGUGUCAACAUCCAAGAUUACCUGCAAGGGCAUUUCAUCAGCGCUUUCAAGGAGCUCGCGCAUGUCAUCGCCGAGUCCGCGCCCGAGCUGCUGGACACGUGCAUCAUCGGGUGGGACGGGAUGAACGAGCCCGCGGAGGGGUUCGUUGGGUACGAGGACUUGAACAUCUAUCCACUGAAGCAGGGUUCGACACUCAAGAAGGGCAGUACGCCUACGCCCGCUCAGUCGUUCAAGCUUGGAGUUGGACAGGCGCAGGUGGUGGAUAACUGGGAGUUUGCUGCGUUUGGGCCAAAGAAGAGCGGGACUGUUACCAUCGACCCGGCGGGCAAGUCGAUAUGGUUACCCGAGGGCGGUGCGGACGACGGGACGGACGAGGUGGAUGGAGUGAGCAAGAAGUGGGGGUGGAAGCGAGGCAAAGGGUGGAGAUUGGGCACAUGCAUAUGGGCGCUUCACGGCGUCUGGGACGUCGAGAGCGGAGAGAUCUUACUUCCCACAUACUUCCGCUUCUCGUCUGGCAAAGGGGAGGUUAACUUCCUGAAGGACCAUUGGCUUCCUCACCUCGACACCUACUUCUCUGCCAUCCGGGUCCACCAUCCCAACGCAAUUGCAUUUGUGCAGCCACCUGUGUUUGCGAAGCCUCCUCCUGUUCCCGAGUCGAUCCUCGGAGGCAGAGCGUGCUAUGCGGCGCACUACUACGAUGGCCUCACACUCCUCACGCGGCAUUGGAACUGGUUCAACGCAGACGCGUUGGGCCUCAUCCGGGGUAUGUACGGCACUAUGCUCGGUGCGGUGCGCGUAGGCGAAGGCGCGAUUCGCAAAGGACUACGCGACCAGCUCGGGUAUCUCAAGGACGAUGCCUUGCAGCUCGGUGCUCGGCCUUCCUCUUCCUCUCCUUCAGCCUCCACGUCCUUCUCAUCCAGUGAGGGUGACUGGAAAGGCCGCUACCCGACUCUCAUUGGCGAGAUUGGCACACCGAUGGAUAUGGACAGCAAGCGCGCGUACGGGUACACGGACGACGGCAAGUACGCGGGCGACUAUUCGCGCCAGGAGCGCGCUCUGGAUGCUUCGCUGAACGCCGCGGACGGCACGAACGGGAUUGGGUGGACGGUGUGGACGUAUUGCGCGGACAGCAGUCAUCGGUGGGGCGAUGGGUGGAAUAUGGAGGACUUGAGUUUAUGGUCGGCCGAAGGUCUCCGAAGUUCGCGGACGAGCGGGAGGUUGAGAAUGGGGAGCAAGGCAGGCAAGGGUAGCAAGGUGGCGCUGUUGGGCAGUGCGAACUCGAGCGGCGCGAAUACGCCUGCGCCGGGCGCUUCGGCGCUUUCUCUCGCGACUACGCUUCCUGCGUCCAGGAACUCGGUCCCGCCGUCGCCCGCGACGACGCAUGUCGUACCUAGCUCCAUUGCCGGUACGAACAGGAGCUCCGUCACGCUCACUACGGCUGCCAACCAGCCCAAGUCCGACGCAAAGUUUCACUCUCCUUCAUCCACAACCUCGCAGCGCGUCCCGCAGCCUUGGUCGACUCCGUUUGCCUUCCUCACAGACGGUGCGCGUGCAUAUAGGGCGUUCGCUCGUCCCUGGCCCGUGCACACUGUCGGAAUCCCGACGAGCGUCGAGUUUGAUAUCGGGAAGGCGAGCUUGAAGGUUGUCGUUAGAGUCACGGCGGACGAUGCUCCUCGCGCUCCUGCGUCCGAGGAGGAUGUUAAGAAAGGCGAAGAAGACUGGCGCGCGACGGAAAUCUUCUUGCCGAUUGUGCAGUUCGCUGCGGACUCUGCCAUCUCGUCCGCUCCAUCGUCGAGGUCUUCGAGCGGCUUGUCGACACCUGCUCCGUCUGCUUCUAUGCCUACCCUCGCACCCAACUUUGCAAGCGCGGAUCCGGACGACGCGUACGCGCUCUCUCUUGACGUGAAGGUCUCCGAGGGCACGUGGUCCGUAUCGGGCCAGACGCUGCGGUGGUGGUACGACCCUCCCCAAGCUAGUGAGGCGCCGAAGGAGGUGUGGAUCGAAGUACGAAGGAAGGGCGGAGUGAUCAAGUUGAAGAGCCUCGCUGUAUUAGAGUGCGAGAGCGUGUACGAGAAGGACCAGGGCGAAGGAGAAGAUGAGCCGGGGAGGGAGGGAAAGGAGAGGACGUGUGCGACGUGGUUGGGCGAGUGCGUGGAUGGGUGUGUUGUUGGUUGAGGCCAGGUGUGACUGUAGCAUAAUGUUGGGACAUUUUAGUUGUUUGGAUAGUUUGUAUUAUAUUGUAUAUACUCGGUGGAUUCAUUGAUUAGUGGCGAAAGCUAUGGACAUCGUAGGUCGUAUUCGAAUCGGAUUGCGGUUUGGAGUAUCGUAUGGGUGUGCCAUUGGAUAAACCAGUGACGCUGAAAGGUC